UGAAGCUGAAGGAGGAGUACGUAAUAGAGCAGAGGCCACGUUUUACUCGAGACAUGAAUGAUACGUCAUCAAGAAAGAUAAGCUGCUUCUACACACCUGACCUGACCUCAUCUCCAUUUUCUUUCCUUUGUCGCAGUCGAGUCUCCAUCCAUCUUCAUCUUGUGCCCAACGAAUCCCAGCCCAGUUCGCUUGCAGCCACGCAGGCAUCGGCCAAACGCCCUAUUCCUUGCUUGCUCUGCUCUGCUCCACUCCAAAUCUCCCAACUCCAUCCAUCCAAUAGCGCAGCGCAGGCGCAGCGGCCUCUCUCCUCUCCUCUCCUCUGCUCUUCUGCUUGUGGCGUGCGCACCACCACUUGUGUUGAGCCGGGGCGAAUCGAAUCUUUCUUUUCUGGCGCCGCGGCACCAGCUUUAUUAGUAACAUUUGCUUGCUCCCCCUCCGUUCAUUCUCUGCUUCUUCUUCUUCUUCUUCACCGGUCAGUCAGAGUAGGACCUGAUCGAUUCUGUGAUCUCCAUCCUCAAUUCUCUAGGUUCAAUUCCUUAUUAUAGCUAGCUCUUCUUGUGGCGGCUUGCCCUGGCCCCAAGUCUUUCUUCCUUGCUGUCGGUGCUUGCCUGUGUGAUUGUUUCUUUCUUCCCCAAAUGAAUACGUGGCCGUUUGGCCGUUGCCAUGGCCGGAGCUCCUGAAUUCAAUUCCAUUCCAUUCCAUCCCUAGCUGCUUCUUGUUCUCGAGGACCCUAUCCUACCUGCCGUCUCCUCUUGACCAGACCAAGAGUAAACUAGCAGAUGGGGGCCAGGCUCAGGCUCCUCCGCGCGCUGUGCAUGUGCAGCGCCCUGGCCAUCGCCCUGCCGGCGCGCCCGCCCAGCGUCACAAUCGGCGCCCUCUUCACCUUCGACUCCGUCAUCGGCAGCUCGGCCGCCACCGCCAUCCGCCUGGCCGUCGACGACAUCAACCGCGACGCCACCCUGCUCAGGGGCACCAACCUCAGCGUGCUCAUGCAGGACACCAAGUGCAGCGGAUUCGUCGGCACAAUCCAAGCUCUUGAGCUGAUGGAGAAGCAGGUGGUGGCCGUGGUGGGCCCGCAGUCGUCGGGCAUCGCCCACGUGGUCUCCCACGUGGUGAGCCAGUUGCGCGUGCCGCUGGUGUCCUUCGCCGCCACCGACCCGGCGCUCGCCUCCGCGCAGUACCCCUUCUUCGUCCGCGCCGCGCACGACGACGCCUUCCAGAUGGCCGCCGUGGCCGACGUCGUCGCCCACUUCGGCUGGCGGGAGGUCACCGCCGUCUACGUCGACACCGACUACGGCCGCGGCGGCGUCGACGCGCUGGGCGACGCGCUCGAGGCCGCCGCGCGCGCCAGGAUCACCUGCAAGGCCGCCUUCCCGCCGGGCGCCGACAGCGCCGCGCUGGUCGACCUCCUGGUGCGCGCCAGCAUGAUGGAGUCGCGCGUCUUCGUCGUCCACGCCGCCCCGGACUCGGGCCUCGACAUCUUCGCCGCCGCGCACAAGCUCGGCAUGAUGGACAGCGGCUACGUCUGGAUCGCAACCGAGUGGCUCGCCGCCGCCAUCGACUCGUCGUCGGCGGCGGCGUCGUGGAGAACAACUGCAAUGAGCCGGAUACAGGGCGUGCUCACGCUGCGCCAGUACACCCCGGACUCGGACGCCAAGAGGUCUCUGGAGGCGAGGUUCGCCGCAGCCGCCAACCGGCAGAACGCCACCGCGGAAGCAGCAGGCAGCAUGAUGAACGCCUACGGGCUCUUCGCCUACGACGCCGUCUGGAUGGCGGCGCGCGCCAUCGACCAGUUCCUGGGCGACGGCGGCAACAUCUCCUUCUCCGCGGACCCCAGCAUCCGCGACGCCAACGGGAGCGCGCUGCGCCUGAGCUCGCUCCGCGUGUUCGACCAGGGCGAGCAGCUGCUGCGGAAGGUCAUGCUCGCCAACUUCACCGGCGUCACCGGCCAGGUGCGGUUCUCCGGCAGGUCCCUAGUCAACCCGGCCUACGAGGUCCUCAACGUCGGCGGCACGGGCGUGCGGCGCGUCGGCUACUGGUCCAACGGCACGCGCCUGUCGGUGGCCGCGCCUAGCUGGGCCGACGGCGGCGCGGCACCACCCAGCAACGGCACCCAGCAGCAGCAGAAGCUGUACAGCGUCAUCUGGCCCGGGGACACGACGGCGCCGCCGCGCGGGUGGGUGUUCCCGAACAACGGCCGGCCGCUGCGGAUCGGCGUGCCGUACCGGACGACGUACCGGCAGUUCGUGUCCAAGGACCCGCGGGCGCCGGACGGCGUCAGCGGGUACUGCAUCGACGUGUUCAAGGCAGCCGUGGCGCUGCUCCCCUACCCGGUGCCCGUGUCCUUCAUCCCCUUCGGCGACGGCGUGAAGAACCCGAGCUACGGCGAGCUGGUGCAGCGUGUCGCCGGCGGCUCCUUCGACGCGGCAGUGGGCGACGUCUCGAUCGUGACCAACCGGACGCGCGUGGUGGACUUCACGCAGCCGUACGUGGAGUCCGGGCUGGUGAUUGUGUCGCCGGUGAAGGCGACGGGCUCCAACGAGUGGGCGUUCCUCAAGCCCUUCACGCCGGGGAUGUGGGCGGUGACCGGCGCCUUCUUCCUCUUCGUGGGCGCGGUGGUGUGGAUCCUGGAGCACCGCUUCAACCCCGACUUCCGGGGGCCGCCGCGGAAGCAGAUGGUCACCAUCUUCUGGUUCAGCUUCUCCACCAUGUUCUUCGCGCACAGAGAGAACACCGUGAGCACCCUUGGUCGCUUCGUCCUCAUCAUCUGGCUCUUCGUCGUGCUCAUCAUCAACUCCAGCUACACCGCCAGCCUGACCUCCAUCCUGACGGUGCAGCAGCUGUCGACGGGCAUCCAGGGCCUCGACAGCCUCCUCUCCAGCAGCGACCCCAUCGGCUACCAGGUGGGCUCCUUCGCCCGCAGCUACAUGAUGGAGGAGCUCGGCGUGCCGGCGUCGCGCCUCCGCGAGCUCGCCAUCGACCAGUACGCCGACAGCCUGCAGCGCGGCCCCGCUAACGGCGGCGUGGCCGCCAUCGUCGACGAGCUGCCCUACGUGGAGCUCUUCCUCUCCACCAACUGUCAGUUCAGGACGGUGGGGCAGGAGUUCACCAAGAGCGGAUGGGGAUUCGCGUUCCAGCGUGACUCUCCCCUUGCGGUGGACCUGUCGACGGCGAUCCUCACCCUGUCGGAGAACGGCGACCUGCAGCGCAUCCACGACAAGUGGCUCAACCCGGGGACGUGCUCGUCGCAGAGCACCGACGUCGGCGCCGACCGGCUCAACCUCAGCAGCUUCUGGGGCCUCUUCCUCAUCUCCGGCGUGGCCUGCUUCGUCGCCCUGCUCAUCUACUUCGCCAGGAUACUCUGCCAGUUCUGCGAGUACCACGAAGGCGGCGGCGGCAACGACCGAGCAGGCGGGGGUGUGUUCCCGGACCCGGAGAGGAGCCUGCGGCGGCCGGCGAGGCUGAGCAGCAUCCGGGACCUGAUGUCGUUCGUGGACAUGAAGGAGGCGGAGGUGAAGAGGGCCAUCCGGAGCAGGUCCGGCGAGAGGCGGCUGGACAGGUCCAUGGGAGGCAGCUCCAUCUCCAAAGGGCCUUCAUUGUCGCGGCCGUCGUCGAUCACGUCGCCGGUGUAAUAAGCAGCUAGCAAGGGCUUUUCUUUCUUUCUUUCUUUGUUUGUUUCUUGAUGAUAAGUAGAUAGCAAUCUGGCUGACACUUAGGCAUGCAUGCGGUAGCAUAGCUGAGCUCAAGAUAGACUGAUAGAUAGAUUACUUAGUACUUACUAGGUGUAGAUGAGAUAGUAGAUAGGUAACUUGUGUGCAUAGCACUAGGAGAUGAAAGGAUCUCGAUAGACAUGUAGGUGGAUCAUGUAUUGUCGCCCGUGCCUUCUUCCUUUGCAUUUCGUCGAACGCGUUGCGUGCGUGCAGGUAAGCCUCCAGGCAGGAAUCAGCAGCCAUCCACUGAAAAUGUGAAAUCAAGAAUUGGACAAUUAGGUCUUUUAA